AUGCGCACGCAGCUUUCUGUGCGACGGUUUCUGGUCUCCCUCAUAGAGUUUCGGUUACCUGGGGAUGUGAGACGCCGCUCUCUGGCCCCCGCCCUGGACCCUCCUAGGCCGCUGAGCCCCCCGGCGCGGGGGCCUUGGACCCCAGGGCUCGGGAGGACGGAACCGGGACCGAACCGACGUUGCCGCCGGGCCUUCCGAUCCCCUCGGCCAUCUCUCAAGUCUGGCCAGGCUGAUGGAACCACCGAGAAGUCUCUGCACCUUGACAUUCAGAAACUGAAGGAGAAGAGGGACAUGCUAGACAAGGAAAUCUCCCAGUUAAUUUCUGAAGGCUACAGUGUGGACGAACUGGAGGACCACAUCACCCAGCUGCACGAGUACAAUGACAUCAAGGAUGUGGGACAGAUGCUGCUGGGCAGACUAGCUGUUAUCCGACAUGUCACCACCAGAGAGUUGUAUCCAGAAUUUGGCCUGGACAUGAAUGACUGAGCAAGCCCCUUGUCCACAGCCCACAGGGACAGGCAGUGUACACAUGAGAAGCUGUGAGAACCCAACCAGCAUACCUACAGGGUUUCCAGCAAGUAACUGCUGCAAUGUCUCUUCUAGAGAGCCAGAGUCCAGAGGGAACCUAGGGAAGAAGGGGCAGGGAGGACGGGCGUCCCAGCUCCAAGUUUCCUGCAAUGCCCCCAUGAUCCAUGUGGAAGGGCAUGUGUAUCCUGCUUGUCAAUAAAACAUAUCUGCCACUGA